AUGGUGCUUUGUGUGGUAUUGAUCGUUAUUUUUGGGCAAAUAUUGACCUGCAAUGCAACGAUAUGCGAGUAUUGUGGAAAGGAUUUCAAAUCGCUGGGCAGACAUCAAUGGCGUUGCAAAUCACGAACUGGUGUCGGAAACUCACCUAACACGGAGAGAGCGUCUUCUUCAACAUCUGCGGAUAAUAAUACAUGUACGGUAGGGUCGACUAAUGUCGCAGGAGAAAGUUUUAUGUGUUAUUGCGGGCGUACAUUUAAUAGUUAUCGUUCACUAAAUUUACAUCGCCGAUCGUGCUUUGUACAGAACAACCCGUGCUUUGCUGAACUGUUUGCUCAACAAGAUGAUAGCAUUACUAUUGCAAAUAGUAAUGAAAGCAUGACCGAAGUUCUGUUUCCGACCGAUAAGUUUAAAGUGCUAUCAGGAGUAAAACUUCCUCGAUCGGAUCUUAGUUGGAAAGCAGCUAACGAGUUUUUUCAGUCACAAUUCAGUGUUAGACCAGAGCUGGGAGACUUGGAUUCGGAAAUUGUAUUCAUGAAUAACGUUAUCUGGUCUUACUUUAAGGAUACAUGUGGUUUGGUAAAGUCGGCUAAUAAAUUUGAACACUAUGGAAGUAUGUCAAAAUCAAAGUUAAAAAAAUGCUUAAAAGAUUUAAAAUCGCACGGAGGCUGCUUGGAGGAAAUAAAAUUUGUCAGUAAGUUAUUGCGAAAAAGAAUGCAGUCAAGCGUUUAUGACCAGCGGGAUUAUGAAAAUGAAUUAAAUGAGAACUUUUGGAAGUUUUGUAAAAAUGAAUUUGAAAACACUGAAGGGCUUGAACCAAACUUGAGCGAACAGUCGUGUUUCGAUUAUUUUAAGAACUUAUUUAAGGAGAAAAGUAAAAGUCGUUUGUUUAAUUGGCCGUCCUGGUUGAGUUCAUUUCCAUCCGCAAGUAAAGAUUUCGACUUAGAAUGUCCUAUGUAUCGUGAGAUCUCCAAAAUAAUCAGAAAAAUGAAAAGUCGUGGCUCUGCAUGUCCUUUCAACCAAAUGAGCAUUAUUUCGUUUCAACGUUGUCCAAUUUUAAGAACGCAUUUAUGGAGAAUUAUAUGUAAAUGCUGGAACGAAAAAAAUAUUCCAUCUGUCUGGAAGCACGCGGCGGCGAUAUUGAUCCAUAAAAAAGAUUCAACUGAGGAUCCUGCUAAUUUCCGUCCUAUCUGUCUAGAGCCUGUUUUGCUAAAAGUCAUAACAUCAUUGUUAAGGAAUAGAAUCUUUAAGUUUGUUUGCGAAAACGAAUUUAUUGAGUCGGGAAUCCAGAAAGGUUUUUGGCCUGGAAUUUCGGGGACUAUUGAACAUACGGAGUUAUUAUCACAUAUUAUUAACCAUGCCAGAAAUAAGCAAAGAUCUCUUGUGGUUACUUUAAUUGAUCUGAAAAAUGCCUUUGGUGAGGUACAUCAUAAACUUAUACGAACUAUCUUGAUAGCUCAUCACAUUCCUGAAGAAAUUAUAUGCUUUGUUGAGAAUCUCUACUCUGAUUUCAGUAUCUCAAUUAUUACGAAAGGGUUCAUUACGAAACCAAUUCCAGUGCAACGAGGCGUGUUACAAG